AUGCAAUUUGCACACACAAAAGUUUUGUUCUACGUUUUAUCAUUGAGCCUUUUUUUUGCUAAGAGAACAACUGCAACUCAGACAAGCAAAAAGCACCCUUUAUCAGAGCUAUAUAGUAAUGCUUUACGAGAUGACUUCAAUGAUUGUAUGAACAAAAUAGAAAUGGACAACAUGAGGUACCAUUCAUGCCAAGGAUUUUCGUCAGUCGAAGAUUGUCGCUGUUCCUUCUUGAAAGAUGUCAACCAUCAAUGUAAAUCGUUGGGGGCAAAGAGUAGCAAUUAUUGGUACUUUGAGCACCAAAUGCAAUCAAACUGCAAAAAAAUUCCUAAGGUUGGUUACAGUCUGGAAAUUUUAUCAAGAUAUAUCGGUAAUAAUGACUUCAGUUAUGAUCACAAAUUGGGUAUUAAUGCUUCGGUAUAUGGAGCAGGUACAUUUAAAACGGAUACUCCUACUCAAUAUAAUUCCCUUGAAGAAUAUGAGCCACACGAAUUGGAUACUUACGAUCUAUCUCAUGAAUUACAUAAAAGAUCAAAUGCUGCAAUAGAUACCUUGGACUUUAAAGAAUACUACGAAAAAAAGAAGCCAAAUGCCAUGACAAUCAAUUGCAAGCUCAUGAGGUCUUUGAAGAUAACAGCAUCCCCGACAAAUCAUCAAAUGACUCAAUUUUCAACCACAAUUCUAGUUCAAAAUCCAACUGGAACCCACACAACUUCUAUUGAGGCUAUAAUGGUUUUACCAAAGAACAAAGAGCAAUCUCAAGAUUCGAGAAAUGACAAAAGAUCAAAUAUUGUCAGGGUGAAUGCAACCACCAAUUUCAAAGAGGCGAGUGUAGUAUAUAUGUCUGAUGCAUCUUUUUUCAGCCAACAGAUAUCACUAAUUUUGCUUACAGCAUCUGUCUUACUUUCUCUUAUUUUCGUACCAUGUUAUAUAUUAUAA